UCUGACUCGUUUCUCAGCCCCGCGAUAAGAGGUUUAUCUGCUCUUGUCCUCACAUCCCCUCCCUCCCUCAGUGGGAAUGACACACUAGACACCGCCACAAAAAGUGCAAGGCUGUGCCUGACACUACUGAAGCAGUCAUCGAGAAAGAAUACUUUAAUAAAUUGUUUUCUCUGCGGCAAGAUAUUCUUCGUUCCCUUCCCCACAUCUCGAUUUCUCCCCUCCCUCUCUUUCUACCGGGUCCAGCCAGUAUCACCAUCAUUUUGCAGGAUAUUAUCCGAGACAAUCAUUCCAUUCAUAGAAUAAUGGAGAAACGCAGGAUAGUCCAGCAGGACCAGCAGGAGGUGAGCCGACUUGCUAGCGCGCUGGAAACAGCCCGUAAGCAAGGUAAGGGAGGCAAGCGGUCCUUUACUUGCAAGAAAUCUACUUUUGUCGUGGGGGAAGACAACAAUAUCUCCGUCGACUCUUGGAAGUUUAUGGACUGGGAUUAUAAACAAUUUGACCUCCCGACUUACGCUCGAGGCUUGUUCACCACAACGAGGACAGACGGUAGCGCGGAAAUUUCGAUUCGAGGUUAUGAUAAGUUCUUCAACGUUGAUGAAGUUGACACUACGAAAUGGAAGAAUAUUGAGACGAAUACCCGAGGACCAUACGAGCUCAGCGUGAAGGAGAACGGAUGUAUUAUCUUCAUAUCUGGCCUAGAAGAUGGCUCUUUACUCGUUUGCAGUAAGCAUUCGACCGGCGGCCGUUCCGAUACUGAUCUGAGCCAUGCUCAGGCUGGCGAACAGUGGAUUAAACGGCACGUCGCGACAGUUGGGAAAUCAGCGAAAGAUCUGGCCCACACAUUGCGCAAUAUGAAUGCCACGGCUGUCGGUGAACUUUGCGACGAUAAAUUUGAAGAGCACGUCCUUGCCUACGAUGAAGCUUCCGCUGGUAUUUACCUUCAUGGCCUCAACUUCAAUGUUCCACAAUUUGCAACUCUCCCCAGUUCUGAAGUACAUAAGUUUGCGGACGCAUGGGGUUUCAAGAAAGCGAAUUUCCUUGUCCACGACGAUCUGGAUUCCGUGAAAAAGUUUCUCGAAAGCUGUGCGGAGACUGGGUCCUGGGAUGGCCGGGAUACCGAAGGUUUCGUCAUUCGCUGCCAAAUGAGUGAAACGGGCCAUGCCCCGUUCCGGGAUUGGUUCUUCAAGUAUAAGUUUGAGGAGCCGUAUUUGAUGUACCGACAAUGGCGUGAAUGUACCAAGGCAGUGCUUGCCUGUAAAAGCCCGAGAAUUAAGAAGCAUAAGAACAUUACAGAGGAGUAUCUGCAAUAUGCGCGAAGACAGUUCGCUCUACACCCCCACCUCAAGGACCUCUACAGACAAAACCACGGCAUUAUAGCGAUGCGUGAUGGCUUCUUGAAGGCGCGAGGCCUGAGUGGGGCUCAGAUCAUCCAGAUGGAAGCCGAGGGGGAACAGGAAACCCGGGAUAUUGUUUUGGUUCCUGUUGCCUCUCUAGGCUGCGGAAAGACCACAGUGGCUUUGGCUCUGAUGAAGUUAUUCGGUUGGGGCCAUGUACAGAAUGAUAACAUUCCCAAGCAGAAAAAUAAGCCGAAGAAAUUUGCUACUGAUGUUCUCAAUCUUAUGCUGGAGGCCCCCGUGGUUUUUGCUGACCGAAAUAACCACCAAAAGCGUGAGAGAAAGCAACUUAUGGAGGAUGUAUCCACAUCUUGUCCUAACACACGGUUCGUCGCCCUCCACUAUGUCCAUGAGCCCAAGUAUCAGUUGCUUCCCGGGAUCCGCAAAGUGACACGGAAUCGUGUGCAUGAUCGCGGCGACAAUCACCAAACUAUUCGUGCUGAAACCAAAAGCGCUGAAGAAGUUAUUGCGAUUAUGGAGGGCUUCCUAUCUCGAUUCGAAGCCGUUGAUACUGCUCGCGAACCGGAUAGCGGGUUUGACGAAGUCAUCGACCUGGAUGUUACAGCCUCCUCUCGAGAAAACCUCGAGGUGGUGGUGAGAGCUCUGCAUUCAUUUUAUCCUCGGCUUGUAGAACAAGUUCCUUCCGAGGAAGAACUUGAUGAUGCUAUCAACUGGGCGAGGACCGGCUAUAGCGUUGACGUGGACCUUAGCCACACGUACAAAACAGUAAAGGCGUCUAAAAUGGAAAAAAGAACGGCAGACACGUCUACCCCGUCCCCGUCCCCCAACCCCGAGGCGAGGGCGAAAAACAUCGAAUACUUUGGCAUUAAUCUACCCGCAACGGAGGUACUAGACGUCCUGCAUUCGUUGUUCUCUCCAGCUACACCGAAAGAAAAGGCUCGUCUCUACCACCAUUUGGUAAACGGCCGACGCGUGCAGCCUGCUUUCCAUGUGACGCUGAUCCACCGCGCUCACAAGGGCGAAAAUGCAGAUAUCUGGAAUGACUACACGCAGCGCUAUCUCGACAAGAUAAACGAAAAUACUCCUACAGAUCACAACGGCAUGCCUAAGCUCGGUCUUGCCCGGGUCCGUCUCGAGCGUCUUGUCUGGGAUAAUCGUGUAAUGGCAUUCGUGGCGCGCCUCAUGCCCCCCGACGAGAACGACCAGGAAGAAUGGACCAGCGUGAACGCAAUCCCACAUGUCACUGUUGGCACUGCGUCGCCACAGAUCAAACCGGUGGAAAGCAACGAUCUGCUGCUGCAAUGGCUUGAAAAGGGCUCUGGGGGUGCAACGGGCAUCUGGGAAGCGGAAAUCCCGGGCGUAAAGGUAGUCAAUGGAACAGUUGGAUUGGUGAUGAGUCGGGGACGGUGAUUCCAUCUAUUGUAUUCCAUUGCAUUGCAUUGCAUUGCAUUUUAUUAGCAUGGCAUAGCAUUAACAUGACCCAAUAGCAUUUUUGCAUGGCCAAAAAAAAUCAUGUCU